ACCCUGUUGCAGUAACAAAACAGACUUAUACAUUAUCUGACCACCAUGUUUUGCUCUCCAGUGAUAAAAAAAAAAUUUACUGGUAUCUUAAACUAAUAGAAAUUUCUGUAGAUAUUAUUGCUCCAAAUAAAACUGGCUGCUCAGGAAUGUUUCCCAAAUUAUUGUAGGAAGGUUAUUUGGGCUCUGUGCUGUUUCUCUGCUCCUAGGAGGAGCACAAUACUCCUUGAGAUCUCUUGCUGUCCUACAUUCAGUGCUGCUGCAUUCUGUGUGGCAUGCUGCCUUUUUAAAUCUCACUAAUAAUUUGAAAAGAAAAUGACCUUGGUAUGUGUUGAAUGUUGGAAGAGAGAAUUUCACAUCUGCUCCUGCUUAAGCUUCAUUUAAAGCAUUUAGUAUUUUACGAACCAUUUUUAAAUUAGGUGGGAGAGUGGUCCAGGGAAGGUGUCCAUUAAGCAUCCAACAGACUGCUUGGGAGACUGGAAUCUUUUGACAUGAUUGGAAGCGAGCUCUGCUCCACCCAAGACUUUAGCUGGCGUAAGCACACUGUCUCCAUCAGCAGGAGGAAGGUGAGAGCAGGCCGCUGCCCGUAGCACAGCAGCCCUGCCUUUCACAGCCUGGGAAAUGCUUUCCUGGGAGCCGGGCCUUAACUCCGGGUGCAUUGGAUGGGUGUUAGGUCACUGCGGUGUUGCUGGGCUGGGUCAGAUUAAUUCCUGAGAUGCAUUUUUGGAAGAAGAAAGAAUCUAUCAAGUUCUUCCACUCAGGAUGUCUCAUCUUGGGUGCUUUUUAAAUUACUAAUAUUUUUAUUUUUUACUUAUUUGCAGAACAAAGGAACUUCCAUCCUCACCGCUGUUUUUUUCCACGCAACCGCAGGGCUGUGUGCAGGUGUGUCACCCACGGCCGCGACUAACACCCACUAACCCCAGUGUCAGGUCAGAACACUGCUGUUACCUUCUUGCAGCGCUGGGUGCCUGGGGCCACACGCAGGGUCUGAAGCGCACAGGCUUUACAGAUAUUAAUACAGUUUCUAGGAAGUGCCCGCCUAUCCCUAGGGUUGCGAUGUGUAUUAGAAUGUAGCACCACGCGUGCGCUGUGUUCACGUGGGGCUCUGGUAACGGCUCUUGGUGGUCGUGUCCAUGCAGAAGGCGCGUGUCGCAUCAGCCAGGUCCCAUUUAUGGUCAGAAACUUAUUUACAAAAAAUACAGCUGUUGCCUAAGCUUUUAAUUGGCACUUCGACCUUGUUAUGGUGCCUGUUAUCAGCGCUAGCAGGUACAGGUUCCUCCUCCAGGCUGGCGGACUGUCGGGCCCUGCUGUCUUUUGCUAGGAGCAAACACUUUCCCAAGAGAACAGUUAGUUGAGGGGGUGAACGCACUGCUGCAGACUGCAUUUGGUGACAGGUGUUUUACGGGAAGACGCCCGGGUAACCCGGCACACUGCGCCUUCCCGCUCUGAACUUGUUUCAGCGGUACAGUAGCAUACGCUGCGGGACAACGCGCCGCACGGACUCCGCUUCCCUGCGGGCCCGCAGCCCCGCCCCGCCGCCAUGGCAACGGCAGCGCGGGAAGGCCGGGCCCCGCCGGGCCGCCGUAGGAAGGGGCGGGCGGCGCCAUCCCGCCGAGCGCAUGGAGCGAGCGGGGCCGCCCGCGGCCGCCUACGAGCGACGGGUGCUGGUGAGCGCGGCGCAGCACUACUACCUCAGGGUCCGCCUGGAGCUGCCCGACGGCGCGGCGCGGCCCGGCGCCCCGCAGCUGAAGCAGCUGGUGGUGGCGGCGCUGCGGGAGCUGCACGGAGAGGUUGGGGCCGCUCUGCCUGUUGACGUCUUAGCGUACGAGGAGAAAACUCUCUCUGCGAUCCUGAGAGUGAUUAGCAGUGGCCUCGUCAAGCUGUGGAGCGCUCUGACCCUGCAGGGCUUCUACCAGAACAGGCGGUGUGCCUUCCGGGUGCUGCAGACAUCUCCAUUUCUUCUUGCAUUAGCUGGGAACAGCAGAGAACUAGUCUUGGACUGAACGCAGUUGGCUUCACUGUGAGAAGUUCCUUGAAAUGUUGCUGCUCUUCAGGUGUGGAAUUUCUAGAGGGGAUUUCCGACACAGA